ACAACACCUCGUGCCUCGUGCUCGGGGAGGCGGCCCGAAACUACGACCUUAAGAUCAUCCAUCUAAACCAACUUCCCUCAUUCUAUGGCCUCGCCCAAGAAGAUGCUCUUAACUUCAUUCGAGACUUCUAUGCAACCGUCAACACAUUUCCCCUCCAAGGACUAACCGAGAAUCAACUUCGAAUGAGGUGUUUCUCUUACACAUUGAAAGAUCGAGCAAAAACUUGGUUCAUGACGUUGAUUCCUAAUUCGCUCAACACGUGGGAAGCCGUAUAUGAGAA